ACGUCCCAGAGCCCCGCCUGCCCGCGGGAGGCGGGGGCAGGAGGCUGUGGACAGGGACCCAGACUUGCCGACCUGCACGACUCUGGCCAUGGGGAACAGCCAGUGUGUCCCUCAGGCCCCCAGAAGGCUCCGGGCCUCCUUCUCCAGAAAACCCUCACUGAAGGGAAACAGAGAGAACAGCGCGCGGAUGUCGGCCGGCCUGCUGGGCCCCGAGGCUGCUCGAAGCGGGGACGCCGCCGCCAACAAGCUCUUCCACUACAUCCCGGGCACGGACAUCCUGGACCUGGAGAACCAGCGAGAAAACCUGGAGCAGCCAUUCCUGAGUGUAUUCAAGAAGGGGCGGCGGAGGGUGCCUGUGAGGAACCUGGGAAAAGUUGUGCAUUACGCCAAGGUCCAGCUGCGGUUCCAGCACAGCCAGGAUGUCAGCGACUGCUACCUGGAGUUAUUCCCCGCCUACCUGUACUUCCAGGCCCACGGCUCGGAAGGACUCACAUUUCAGGGGCUGUUACCGCUGACGGAGCUGAGCGUCUGCCCACGGGAGGGGUCCCGAGAGCACGCCUUCCAGAUCACAGGCCCGCUGCCCGCACCCCUCCUGGUGCUCUGCCCCAGCCGGGCCGAGCUGGACCGCUGGCUUUACCACCUGGAGAAGCAGAUGGCCCUCCUCGGGGGGCCACGGCGCUGCCACUCGGCACCCCCACAGGGGUCCUGCGGAGACGAGCUCCCCUGGACUUUGCAGCGCCGUCUAACCCAGCUGCGGACGGCGUCAGGGCACGAACCCGGCGGCAGUGCUGUCUGUGCCUCGAGGGUCAAGCUGCAGCACCUGCCCGCACAGGAGCAGUGGGACCGGCUCUUGGUCCUGUACCCAACGUCCUUGGCCAUUUUCUCCGAGGAGCUGGACGGGCUUUGCUUCAAGGGAGAGCUCCCACUCCGUGCCGUCCACAUCAACCUGGAGGAGAAGGAGAAGCAGAUCCGCUCCUUCCUGAUUGAAGGCCCCCUCAUCAACACCAUCCGCGUGGUGUGCGCCAGCUACGAGGACUACGGUCACUGGCUGCUGUGCCUUCGCGCUGUCACCCACAGGGAGGGGGCCCAGCCGCUGCCUGGUGCCGAGAGCUUCCCAGGGUCGCAGGUUAUGGGCAGUGGCCGAGGCUCGCUCUCCUCAGGCGGACAGACCAGUUGGGACUCGGGGUGCUUGGCGCCCCCCUCCACCCGCACCAGCCACUCCCUGCCUGAGUCCUCAGUGCCAUCCACCGUGGGCUGCUCCUCCCAGCACACACCGGACCAGGCCAACUCUGAUCGCACCAGCAUUGGCCGACGGAGGACCGAGCUGAGACGCAGUGGCAGCAGCCGGUCACCCGGGAGCAAGGCCCGGGCAGAGGGCCGCGGCCCUGUCACCCCACUGCACCUGGACCUGACCCAGCUGCACAGGCUGAGCCUGGAGAGCAGCCCAGAUGCCCCUGACCACACUUCGGAAACAUCACACUCGCCCCUCUAUGCCGACCCCUACACGCCACCAGCCACCUCCCACCGCAGGGUCACAGAUGUCCGGGGCCUGGAGGAGUUCCUCAGUGCCAUGCAGAGUGCACCUGGACCCAUGCCCUUGAGCCCACUCCCCUCGGUGCCUGUGUCUGUGCCUGCCUCUGACCCUCACUCCUGCUCCUCCGGCCCCGCUGGCCCCUACUUGCUCUCCAAGAAGGGAGCCCUGCAGUCCAGAGCCGCUCAGAGACACCAGGGCUCAGCCAAGGAUGGGGGGCUGCAGCCCCCAGACUCCCCUCAGCUUGUCUCCUCUGCCAGGGAAGGUUCGCCCGAACCCUGGCUGCCUCUGACAGAUGGUCGGUCCCCCAGGAGGAGCCGGGACCCCGGCUACGACCACCUCUGGGACGAGACUUUGUCUUCCUCCCACCAGAAGUGCCCCCAGCUUGGAGGGCCUGAGGCCAGUGGGGGGCUUGUGCAGUGGAUCUGAUGGCCGCGGUGAGGUGGGUUCUCAGGACCACCCUUGCCAAGCUCCAGGGUACCUGCCCCUCUAACCCACUUCAAAUUACAAGUCAGGGUCUGAACCCAGUGUGAUGGGGGGAGUCUCUGGGGCCCUGAGUUCAGAGCCCGUCCCUCAGCUCCUGCUCCUUGGUGCCAGCAGCUGGGGCAGGGAAGGGUGGGAGGGGCCCCAUCCAAAGGAUGCCCUGGCCAGCGAGGCUGGGUCACAGGUCAGGGAGGUCCUGGCCGUCCACAGGGUCGGCCCUCAGCUCAGCCCGCCAGGAGUCAGGGAGGAGACUCACUGGGAGUGGGAGGGCAGCACGGACGGGCGUGAAGGUCGGAGGACAGAGAAAGGUCAGCAGGGUCAGAGUAUGUGAGGUCAGAGGGCAUGAGGGUCACAGGUCAGCAAGGUGUGAGGAGCACAAGCCAGGGUGUCCUGAGGAGGAGGGCGGGUGGGUCCUUGCAUGGCCUGGCGUGCGCCACAGGGCAGCACGGGGGACGUUGACACCACCGGACGAGAAGGAAAAAAAGAGAGAGGAGAGAGAAGAGAAGAGAGAAAAGAAGAGAAGAGAAGGAAAGAGAAAGAGAGAGAGAGAAUGAGAAAAGGAAGAAAGAAAAAGAAAAGAUAGAAUUUUAUUGGUGCUACAUCCAUGUGUUCUCCGCUCAGCAGCCAGGGUCUCCCACAGUCUUGAGGACCCCCACCCAGCACCCAGCCAGGCAGCCCCCUUCCUCUGCCACCUCGGGCCCCCUCACUGACCUUCCCACCUCAUCUCUGACUCCUCUUGGCUGUGGGUCCCCAGCUGCCCCACAGGAGCCCCCGGGACAACCCCAGGAGCCCAGCCCUCCAUCUGAUGCCACCGAAUUCUCCCUCUGCACCUGCACCCAGGGCUCCCGGGGAGGGGCUCGUGGCUCUGCCACAGACCCCCACCCUGCAGGGGCCGCUGCACUGGGGAGGGGCAGGCAGAGCCUUCACUGUCUCAGGCCAGAGCCCGCAGAGGCCUUGGCCACAGUCCUUCGAGGAUCAAGAGUGAUGGGCCUUGGAGCCCUUGCCAGCCCAGCCCACCUGUGAGGAGGCUGCCCAUCCCCUCUUUGAGGCCACCUUAUGUCCUCUCCCCUGCCUCUGCCCAGAGCUCCAGCCGGAGUGUCUUGCUGCUCAGACCCCUCUGAGGUCCAAGUCCUGUCCUGCCACUCAGCCCCCCCUGCACCCCAGAAGAAACGCAGGGUGCAGCUGCAUUUGAUUUCAGAUCAACAAUAACUUCUUAGUAAAAUGACCUCCCCACUA